AUGAGCAUAGAAAACAAAGUACAAGAGGAAAGUAGAGAAAACAUAGAAGAAAAAAAUACGAGUAUAAACGAUAAUACUGUAGUUACAGAUGGUAAUAUCUCCCAAGAAAAGCUGAAAAAUACUCAAGUCUGCAGCAAUAAUGAAAAAUCGAAUAGUAAUACUACUGAUUGCGUAACUAAAGAUGAUCAAAAGGUUGAAGGUAAAGACGCAGUAGAGGAUGGUCAAAAUCCACAGAAAAAUACAAUUAGCGAAAAGAGUAAUAACACUAAUCAAAUAGAGAAAGAGCAAAAUAAAAAUACGACGACACCAAAUACUGGAAAUAAAAAGGGUAAUAAUAAUAAGAAUAAUGGAUUUCAUAAAAAGAAUAGCAAAGAAUCAAAUAAAAACACUUUGAAGAAAAAGGACACCGAAAAUAAUAAUAAAAACAGUUUAUUAAAUGACGAGAAAAAGGAUGGUGUUGUAGGAAACAAAAACAAUGAAAAUAAUACGAAGAAAAAUAAAAAAGUAAAUAAAAAAAAGGGAAAACUCAAUAAUGCAAAUAAUGAACAAUUAAAGAAAGAUAUUGAUGCUGCUAAAGGUAGUGUAAAUAUUAUUACCAAAGUGACAGACAAUAAUGAUACCCGUAUUAAUAGCAAUGAAAAUGAAACGAUCACAACGGCAAUUAGUAUUGAAAGUAACGAUAUCGAAGGAAAGAAUAUUGGGAAAAAAGGUUUAAAAAAAUAUAGUAAAGCACAAGUUAGCAAGAAUCCUUCAACUAGUGAUUUUAAUACAUGGACACAACAAACACCAGGUGGAAAGAAAAAAAAAGGAUUAAAUGUGAAUGAAAAAACGAAAGACAAAAAAGUAAAUCUUAAGAAAAAUAAGAACACCAAUUUUAAUAAUAGCACUAAUCAGAAAGUUUAUAAUAUGAAAAAUGCCAAUUUAAAUAAAGAUGGUUUUAACUAUGCACCUUCAAGCAUUUUAGCUAAUAAUUUUAAUGCAAAUAAUCAAAUGAUUAAUAGUUAUUAUAUGGAUGUAAUAAAUAAUCCGAUGGAAAAUAACUUUAUGCAAAUGCCCAAUGGUGAAGAUAGUAAAUGUAAUUAUGAUAAAAGCAAACAUGCAUAUUUAAAUUAUAUGUACAAUCCUUUAGAUGCUUAUAAUUUAAAUAAAUGCUACUAUUUUCAAUAUCCCGAUGCACCAUUCAACAAUAUGAAUAAUAUUGGAUACUAUGGAAACGAUCCACAAAGAAACAUUUUAAUGGAGAAUAUGAUGAAGCUACAAGGAAUAUACAAUAUGAAUGGUAUGCCUUACAAUAAUUAUAUGAAUAACAUGAACCAGGCUAACAAUUACAACGGAAACAAGAAUACUGGACAUAAUGCUAUAGGGAAAAAUAAUAAAAAUGCAUACAAACAAAAUUUUUUAAAUUCGCGAUUAAAUAAGCAUACAUCCUAUGAUAGUGGGAAAAAAAUGCAUAAAGACAAUUCAGAUUUACCACAAAAUAAAAAAGAAAAAUCAAAUAAUGAAACUUGCAUAGAUCAAGAAAAUACUGAAAAAGAACAAAACGAUUUAAAUAAAAAUACUACUAAGACUAAGAAAAAAUAUCCAAAAAAUAAUGGUCCCAUGAAAUCUUAUCAUAUGAACAAUCCUGAUUAUAGAAAUAACAGUGGAAUAGAGAUGCAAUUAAAUAAUUUAAAUGGACUAUGGAAUAUGAAAAUGAAUCGAAACGAUCUAAGUUAUAUGUUUCCUUAUCAAAACAUUGCAUACCCAAAUAAUCCAUAUCUUGAUAUUGCAAAUAUGGGAGCCAACUUUUAUAGCAAGUAUAAUACCCAUCAAACACCUAAGGCAAAAAAUGAAAAUAAGAACAAAAACUUUGCAGCAAAUCGUAACAUAGGUGAAAAAUAUAUUAUGAAUAAACAAAAUAAUGGGGCAUUUAAUGAAAAGGGAAAAAAUGAUCAACAAGAAAUAUCUACUGAGAAAGGGAAGAUUCAAAAUUUAGAAGUUAAUAAAGAAAUACACAAGUUUAUAGAUUAUUGUGUAAAAAAUUAUGGCAAUAAGUAUUUGAUGAAUGUUUUAAAUGAAUUUUCACCAAAUAAUAUGAAUGAUAAUAGUGAAGAGCUUAGUAACAUUUUUAAAAUUAAUAUUAACUCUGAAAAUUUAAAUGCUAUUGCAUCUAUAGAAAAGGAUGAAAAAGACAAGUUUCCAUUUUUAAGUAAUGAUAAUAAUAUGGAUAAAGAGGUCGAAAAAAAUAUUGAAGAAAUUUUCGAUGAAUCAAGCAAAAAUAUUAUGGAAGACUAUGAUAAGUUUAACAAAUUAUUGAAUGAAAAUAAGAACGAUCAAUCCAAAGAGGAAAAUCAAAACAAUAGCAAUGCAGAGGAUACCAAGGAGAAUCAAGAAAAUAAUAACAAAAUGGAUACAGAAAAAAUUGGAAAUGAAACUAAAGUAGAUGAAUCAUGUGAAAAUAACAUGUUUGAAGAAAAUAGCAAAAUGAAUAUUACCAUACCUCCUGGUUUAGGUUUACCAGAUAUAAACAGAGCUUUACUUCAUGGUGCAUAUUUAGAUAAUAUAACUGUUGUAAGAAAAUGUUUAGAAAAAGUUGCUGACAUUAAUUAUUAUGAUAAAAUUGGUAGACGAGCUUUACAUUAUGCAUGUGCAGGUGGAUAUUAUGAUAUUUGUGAAUUGCUAAUAAAAAAUGGAGCUAAAGUAAAUGUAUCUGAUUAUAAAAAUUGGACUCCAUUACAUAUUGCAGUAACAAAAAUGCAUAAAGAUAUUACCGAAUUAUUAUUAAAAAAUAAUGCAAAUAUACAUGCUUUAUUACCCCAUUCAUUAUCUCCAAAUAGAGGAAAAACAACAACUAGCAUGUGUAUACAUUUUGCCGCUAUCAAAGGAAAUAAAGAUAUUACAAAACUUUUACUUAAAUAUGGGGCAAAGAUAAAUGAUACCGAUUUAUCAAAUAGAACAGCUUUACAUUAUGCUGCUUAUAGAAAUAAUUCAGAUUAUUUAAAAUUUUUAAUUUAUGAUGAAAAGGCAGAUAUAAAUAUAUUUGAUGUACAUAACCGAUUACCAAUACAUUCAGCCUGUUUAGGAGGAGUUUUAGAAAAUGUUAAAAUUUUAGCUAAAAAUAAAAGUUUUAUUCAAAAAAAAGAUAUAUAUAAUAUGAGUCCUUUAGAUAUAGCACGAAUCAAAAAAUUUAAAGAUAUUAAAAAUUUCUUAACCAAAUAUAUAAAUGAAAAUUUUAAUCCAAAUGGUUUGUUAACUGCAGAAAAUGAGACAAUGGAUCCAAAUAUAGCUGAUAAUGUUGAUGAGAAAAAAGAGAGUGUAGAAAUAAAUGAGUCUGAAAAUAAUAAGAAUGAACAAAACGAAUCUAUAGAAUCAUUGAAAAAUGAAAAUGCCGAUAAAAAGGAUACUGAAGAAGGAACAAAAAAUGCUCAAAUAGAUGCAAUAAAUUCAUUAGAAAUGGUUGAUGAAAACAAAAUGGAUCCUAAAGAAUUAUAUAAUGAUAAUAAAAUGAUAAAAGACAUUUUAACAACAACUAUUAGUACUAUUUUGAAAGAACGAAACAAAGAUCAAAUUAAGAGAGUUGUUGAUGCAUUAGGUGUUUAUAUUUCAUUAAGUUUGUUAGAAAAAACAAUUUUGAUACAAAAUUAUGGAGGUAUUGAAUUAGCUAAUAAGCAAGGGAAAAGAACAACAGGCGGGAUAUUUUUCUAUUUAAUAAAAUAUAUGUACAAAAAUGAUAUUAUAUCCAAGUUUAAAUAUGAUUAUAUUGUUGAGGAGGAAAAGGAGAAAAAAAAAACAUACAGAAAAUUAAAGAAGAAAAUAUUACAGGAAGAAGAAAAUGCGAAAGAAAAUAGAAAAGCAAAUAUUUCCGAACAUAAUAAUCUUAAUGUGAAGAAAAAUCAAAAAGAAUUUAACAAAAAUAAUGAAAAUGCAUCUACAAGCAUGAAAAAAAAACAAAACAAGAAAAACAGCUCUGUACAAAAUGGGAAAAAAAAAGGUAUUUUGAAGAAAAAUUCAAAUAAGGGCCAAGAAAAUGCUAAUAAGAAUUCUUCUAAGCUUAGAGAAAUGAGUGAAAAAAACGAUAAAAACGUCACUGAAGGAAAAAAUAACACACAAACUCAAAACGAUAAUAAUAAAUUGACAUCAAAAGACGGCGCCACAUUAAUUACUACUACCACUAGUAAUAGCAAUAAUGAUAACAACAACGGCAAAUUUAACUUAAGCAAUUAUAAUUACACACUGAAACAAAACAAAGAGCCCAAAACGACGUUGCGUAAUAAUCAAAACAAAUUGAAUGAAUCUGAUGAAAAAAAUGAAUCAGAGGUACCAAAUACUAAAAAUUCAACCGUUUUAAAUGACGCACCAAUUAACGAAAACGAGGAUAAAAAGAAAAAGAAAAACAGUAAAAAGAAAAAAAAUAAUAAAAAGAAAAAGAGUCAACAAGCCACAAAUUUAAAUAAUAACAGCAUAAACAAUAAUACUAAUAACAUUGCAAAAGGACAUAUGGAACCCCAUUAUGCACACUUUGCUCAAAAUUCAUAUUAUAAUUUUAGAGAUUUUCAUGGAAUGCAAAAUCCAUCAAAAAAAUUUUAUCACAUAAAUAAUACUGGAAAUAAAAAUUAUGCCUUUAACCAUAAUAACAAUUUUACUAGUGGUAAAAAUAUUAAAAAAACAAAUAAUUUUAACAAGGAUGUUAUGCAUUAUCAGAACAAUUUAAUUUCUUAUAUAUCAAGUUUGCAAAAUGCUGUAUAUGAUUAUAUGGGAAACGACAAAUACAGCUAUAAUAAUUAUUUAAACAAUCGAAAUAUGCAUUUAAUGAACAACCCAUACAAGCUUUAUGGAAAUAAUAAUCCUAAAAUCAUCUAA